GGGGACACGGCGCUGAUCAUGAAGGUUUUCUGUCCCUUUCUGUGGUCUGCUGAGCAUCAAAGUGUGGAUUAUUGACAGUCAUGGAGCACUGAAGAAUGCUUGAAUGCUGAAGUGGGCCAGCAAGGCAACGAGGGACAGAUGACACUGGCUUGAGGAAGUAACUUGGUGCACCCUCAGAGUCCUCCAUUGGGAGGUCCAGCUGUGUGUGCACAAGCACACACACCCAGGUGUCCUCCCCUGUCAGCAAUGGGCUGUUGAAAGGAGAAACUUGAUCCCUAACUGCCCUGUGGAGAUGGAGGAUGAAGAACUGGAGUGUCCAAACUCCUCCUCAGAAAAGCGCUAUUUUCCCGAGUCCCUGGACUCCAGUGAUGGGGAUGAGGAGGUGGUUCUGGCCUGUGAGGACCUGGAAGUGAACCCUUUUGACGGACUACCAUACUCAUCACGCUAUUACAAACUUCUCAAAGAAAGAGAAGACCUCCCAAUAUGGAAAGAAAAAUACUCCUUUAUGGAGAAUCUGCUGCAAAAUCAAAUUGUGAUUAUUUCAGGAGAUGCCAAAUGUGGCAAGAGCUCUCAGGUUCCUCAGUGGUGUGCUGAAUAUUGCCUUUCCAUCCACUACCAACAUGGGAGCGUGAUCUGCACCCAGGUCCACAAGCAGACGGCAGUUCAGCUCGCCCUGCGAGUGGCGGACGAGAUGGAUGUUAACAUUGGACACGAAGUGGGCUACAUGAUCCCCUUUGAAAACUGCUGUACCAGUGAGACCAUCCUGAGGUACUGUACUGAUGACAUGUUGCAAAGAGAAAUGAUGUCCAGUCCUUUCUUGGGUAGCUAUGGGGUCAUCAUCUUAGACGACGUUCAUGAAAGAAGCAUCGCAACUGAUGUGUUACUUGGACUUCUUAAAGACGUUUUGCUAGCAAGACCAGAACUGAAGCUCAUAAUUCACUCCUCACCUCUGCUGAUCAGCAAACUUAGUUCUUACUAUGGAAACGUGCCUCUCAUAGAAGUGAAGAGAAAGCACCCUGUGGAGGUGGUGUACCUCAGUGGGGCGCACAAGGACUCCUUCCAGUCCAUUUUACAGCUUAUCUUUGAAAUUCACCACUCGGGAGAGAAGGGUGACGUUGUAGUCUUCCUGGCCUGUGAGCAAGACAUUGAAAAGGUCUAUGAAAUGUUCUGUCAAGAAGGAUCUAACUUACACUCUGACCUCGGAGAGCUGGUGAUUGUUCCUUUGUAUCCCAAAGAGAAGUGUGCAGUGUUCAAGCCAGUUGAUGAGACAGAAAAAUCAUGCCAAGUGUAUCAAAGAAGAGUGGUGUUGACCACCAGCUCUGGGGAGUCUUUGAUCUGGAACAACACAGUCAGAUUUGUGAUUGACGUGGGUGUGGAAAGAAGACAGGUGUACAACCCCAGAAUUCGAGCCAACUCCCUCGUUCUGCAGCCAAUCAGCCAAAGCCAAGCAGAGCUCCGGAAGCAGCUUCUCGGGUCAUCUUCUUCAGGAAAACUUUUCUGCCUAUACACUGAGGAAUUUGCCUCCAAAGACAUGAGGCCACUUAAGCCCGCAGAAAUGCAGGAGGCCAACCUCACCAGCAUGGUGCUUUUCCUGAAGAGGAUUGACAUCGCCGGCUUGGGCCACUGCGACUUCAUGAACAGACCAGUUGAGAUCCAGCUUUGGUGUGAGGACAGCCGGGACUGCAGCUUCCAUUACAGUCCGAGCAGCUUCUUCCUGGGGCUCUGCUGCGCACACCGAGAGUCCUCUCCCGGACAGUCUCAGGCCUUGUCAGAACCCUUGCUGCUCCGACAGCCGGUGAUGCAGCACAGAGCUGCUGCAUGUGACCUUUUGCAUUGUAAAGCUCCUAACUGCUUUUCCCACCUGCCUCAUGGGGCUGAGGAGGCUGCCAUGACUUGUUGGAAGACAUUUUCACAUCCUGAAGGUGACCACUUUACCCUCAUCAACAUUUUCAAGGCCUACCAAGACGCUGCUCUGAACUCUACCAGUGAACACUGUGUGGAAAAGUGGUGUCAUGAUUACUUCCUCAACUGCUCUGCUCUCAGGAUGGCAGAUGUUAUCCGAGCCGAACUCUUAGAAAUUAUCAAGCGAAUUGAGCUUCCCUAUGCAGAACCUGCUUUUGGCUCCAAAGAAAAUAAUCUGAACAUCAAGAAAGCUCUGCUGUCAGGCUACUUCAUGCAGAUCGCUCGGGACGUUGACGGGGCGGGUAACUACCUGAUGCUAACUCACAAGCAGGUUGCGCAGCUGCAUCCCCUAUCUACUUACUCCAUCACCAAGAAGAUGCCCGAGUGGGUCCUCUUCCAUCAGUUCAGCAUCUCUGAGAACAACUACAUCAGGGUCACCUCAGCAAUCUCUCCUGAACUAUUUAUGCAGCUGGCACCACAGUACUAUUUCAGUAAUCUGCCUCCUAGUGAAAGCAAGGAUAUUCUGCAGCAAGUCAUGGACCACCUGUCCCCGCUCUCCACCAUGAAGAAGGAGGAGGACGCGUGCGACAAGUGCCCAGACACUCCUGAACAGAGAUGCACUCUUCAGUGAGUGCUCAGCAGGCACAGGCGAACACAGACCCCACCGCGAGCCCACAGCAAGCCCACGCCGUGCCCAGAGCCACAGGCUGAUACGGCGAACACGGGACAGUCCCGAAGAAAUGACACUUCAUGUAUGAUUUUAAAAUAAAAAAAUAGGAGUUUUUAUUGCAUUCUUUAAAUUACCUGCUCCAUGUAUUCUUCAUACUGGAAGUUUUUAAUCAAACAUUCAUUCAUAAUUUGACCAAAAUUGAAAUCAACAUUUUCUAAGUGUGUCAUGGACACAUGAAAAAAGAGCCCUACUUUUUGUAGAGGACCUUAAUCUGAAUAAAGUGGUGAGUUUUUCAGUAAA